AGUGAACCAUUAACUCUUCUCUGAUGUGAACCUUCCCACACUGGCCCCACCCCUGACCCCGCCCCAAGGCAGGUGGGCUGGGGUGGGGGCUUGUCCAUCUCAGCCUUCUACAUGACGUGGCCUCUGUUCCACCUGGGCACCUGGACGCCGAGCCUGGACUUCCCCUCCCUGACUCAGAAACCUCUUAACAUCCACAGCAGGGCCUGACAGGGGACCCGAGGGCACGGUCCUCAGGAUGUUCCGGGGCGAAUAGAAGCUGGAACCAGAGCCUCUAAGCCCCAGUGAUGGGGCCCCCAGUGAGUCAUUUGCUGGCUGGCUUGUGUGUGUGGAUGGUCUUGGCCAGGGUGGGGGCCUCAGUCCCCAACCUGGGCCCUGCUGAGCAGGAGCAGAGCCAUUACUUGGCCCAGCUGUUUGGCCUGUAUGGAGAGAAUGGAACGCUGACCGCAGGGGGCCUGGCACGGCUUCUCCACAGCCUGGGGCUGGGCCGAGUUCAGGGACUUCGCCUGGGACACCAUGGGCCUCUGGCUGGUCGGGCAGCAGCCCCAGCCGGAGACAAUUCCACACACAGGCUGCAGGACCCUGCGCUGAGUGUGGAUGUCUGGGCAGGGAUGCCUCUGGGUACCUCGGGGUGGGGUGACCUGGAGCAGUCAAAGGCCCCCCACCUGCCCCAUGGGCCAGCCCCCUCGGGCCUGGACCUCUUUCACAGGCUUCUGCUGCUGGACCAUUCGUUGGCUGACCAUCUAAAUGAGGAUUGUCUGAACGGCUCUCAGCUGCUGGUCAAUUUCGGCCUGAGCCCCGCUGCUCCUCUGACUCCUCAUCAGUUUGCUCUGCUGUGCCCAGCCCUGCUUUAUCAGAUCGACAGCCGUGUCUGCAUCCAAGCCCCAGCCCCUGCACCCCCAGGGGAUCUACUGUCUGCCCUGCUGCAUAGUGCCCUGGCGGUCCUGGUGCUCAGCCUCCCUGCUCCUCUCUCCCUGCUGCUGCUGCGGCUCCUGGGACCUCGUCUGUUGCGGCCACUGCUGGGCUUCCUGGGGGCCCUGGCCGUGGGCACUCUUUGUGGAGAUGCACUGCUACACCUGCUACCGCAUGCACAAGAAGGGUGGCAUGCAGGAACUAGCGGACGACCAGAGGAGGACCUGGGACCAGGCCUGUCGGUGCUUGGAGGCCUCUUCCUGCUCUUCGUGUUGGAGAAUAUGCUAGGGCUUUUGCGGCGGCACCAAGGGCUCAGGCCAAGCUGCUGUAGGCGGAAAAGAAGGGAUCUCGCCGCACCAAACCUGGACCCGGAGGAUGGUGGGGGCAUGGCCCUCCAGCCCCUACAGGCCGCUCCAGAGCCAGGGGCCCAGGGCCAGAGGCAGCAGGACAGCCAGCCCCCACCAGCCCCAGCCCCUCCUGGGCACCAAGGCCACAGUCAUGGGCACGGGGGUGGUGCCAACAUCACGUGGAUGGUCCUGCUGGGCGAUGGGCUGCACAACCUCACCGAUGGGCUGGCCAUAGGUGCUGCCUUCUCCGACGGCUUCUCCAGUGGCCUCAGCACCACCCUGGCAGUCUUCUGCCACGAGCUGCCCCACGAACUGGGUGACUUUGCGAUGCUGCUCCAGGCGGGGCUGUCCUUUCGGCAGCUGCUGCUGCUGAGCCUCCUGUCCGGAGCCCUGGGCUUGGGGGGUGCCGCCCUGGGGGUGGGGCUCAGUUUGGGCCCUGUCCCCCUCACUCCCUGGGUGUUUGGGGUCACCGCCGGGGUCUUCCUCUACGUGGCCCUUGUGGACAUGUUGCCGGCCCUACUGCGUCCUCCGGAGCCCCUGCUGGGGCUGCACGUGCUGCUGCAGGGGCUGGGGCUGCUGCUGGGGGGCUGCCUCGUGCUGGCCAUAGCCCUGCUGGAGGAGCAGCUCCUGCCCUGGGCCUCUGAGGACUGACAGGCCGGGCGAAGGGGUCCGGGUCGCCCUUCCUUCCCCCCAGCCCCAGGAAUGGAGGCGGGACACAGGGCCGGUAGGAGCAACAGGAUUUUAAUAAACAGAACCCAUCCCAAA